AUGACAAUCAACACCGACCGCGCCCUCGGCGCCGUGCUGGGCUCGGCGGCCGGCGACGCCCUGGGAGCAAGCUACGAGUUCCAGCCGGCCGUGCUGCCGCCUACGCCGAUCGCGUGGCGCGCGGGCGGCGCGGGGCCGUGGGAGCGCGGCGAGUGGACCGACGACACGGCCAUGGCGAUCCCGCUGCUCGACGAGCUGGCGGCGGGGGCGGACCUGCGCACCGACGCGGCGCUGGGCCGCGUCGUGCUCCGCUGGCUCGACUGGUCAAAGGGCGCAAAGGACGUGGGGAUCCAGACACGCCGCGUGUUCGGCGCGCUCGAGCGCCAGCUCGAGCGGCAGAGUUUCGGCGCCGGCGCCGACGACACGACCGCGGACACGGCGCACGUCGCGCGCCUGUGCAAGGUCGCCGCGGGGCAGAUCCACGACGUGACUGGCCGCUCGGGCGGCAACGGGAGCCUGAUGCGCACUGGGCCCGUCGCGCUGGGGUAUCUCGGCGACGAGGGCAGCGGCGGCGCGGAGGCCACUGCCGCCGCCGCGCGCGCACAGUCCGACCUGACGCAUUUCGACGCCGACACGGGGGACGCGUGUGUGCUUUGGAGCCUUGCGAUCCGGCACGCGAUCCUCACCGGCGAGAUCGACCUGUACGCCCAGCUGUCGGCGCUGCCUGCCGACCGGGCAGAGAUCUGGCGCGGCAGGAUAAAGGACGCCGAGGGGCUCGAGCCCCACCAGAUCAAGAACAACGGCUGGGUCGCCGCUGCCUUCCAGGCUGCGUGGAGCGCCAUCGUGCGCGGGAGCUCGCUCGUCGACGUGCUCGAGCGCGCCGUGCGCGCCGGCGACGACACGGACACGGUCGCGGCCAUCGCCGGCUCGCUUGCCGGCGCCAAGUACGGCGCGAGCGCGCUGCCAAAGCUCUGGACCGACGAGCUGCAUGGCUGGCCCAGCGAGCGCGCCGCCGACCUCGAGGCCAAGGUCUUGCUCGUGGUGCGCAGAGAGUAG